AUGAAAAGUUUUCAUUGUUUAAUUGUAUUGGUGGUGGUUUUGAUUGGUUGUGUUGCCGCUCAAGAAAGAACACUUGAAGGACAAUUAUUGGAUAUGAUGAUGCCAAAAAUUCUACUCGAAGAAUAUAAUAAUGUGCCAAGAGAAGAUGGAUAUAAUUUUAGUUAUAAAACUAGUGAUGGAACAAUUCGUGAAGAAAUGGGUAUUAUUAUGAACCCAGGAACACCAGAACAAGAAAUGGUUGUAAUGGGUUCCUUUGGUUACGAGGACAAAGAAGGUAUUAAAACAGUUACAAUGUACACAGCAGAUAAAAGGGGAUAUAAACCAAGAGUAUCUAUUAAAAAUCGAAAACUUAAUCCUAAAUUGUUAGCAUCAUUGGCUGGUUAA